AUUCAUCAUCAUCAUCCAUCCCCACUGGCUGCUUAGCUCCCUCUCCUUUUUCACUUUCUCUCUUCUUUUUUUCCCAUUGAUCCCUCUUUCUCUCUCUCUCUCUCUCUCUCUCUCUCUCUCUGGAUGAGAGAGAAAUAGGAAUGAAUAGAUAAGAGAUUGGUUUAUAUUAGAAGACGACAAGAAAGUACUGUGGUGUUGAGUUCUGCCAUGAAAGAAACCAUCAGGUGCUGCAUUGCUUGUAUUCUGCCAUGCGGGUCGCUAGACGUCAUCCGGAUCGUCCAUUCCAAUGGACACGUGGAGGAAAUCCGUGGCUCCGUCAGAGCCGCUGAAAUCAUGAAGCUCCACCCCAAACACGUCCUCAAGAAACCUCCGUCGUCGUCGCCGUCAGAUAACGGCGUCUGCCCCAAAAUCGUCGUUCUUCCCCCCGACGCCGAGCUGCAGCGCGGCAAGAUUUAUUUCCUGAUUCCCCGGCCACCGUCGCCGGAGAAGCCUCGCUCCAAGCCAAGGUCGUCUCCGUCGUCGAAGCGGAAGAAGAAAUCUGACCAAUCGGCCGCCGCCGGAGGAGGCGGCGACGGCGGGAAUGAUAUCUCCGUCGCAAAUCUACUCAUUUCCGACCGGUAUUUGAGCGAGAUCCUGUCGGAGAAAGUCUCCACUCACCAGAGAGACCGGCGGCGAGGCCGCGCCGCCGUCUGGAGACCCCACUUGGAGAGCAUUUCCGAGACGACGCCGCCGACGUCCGAAGCGUAAUUGAUUCUAAUUUCCCAUCUUCUCCAUCAAAAUUUUCCCUCUCCUCCAUAAACUCAAAUCUUUACUUUUUUUUUUUUGGGUUCACAAUCAGAUUACUCGUUAGGGUUUCAAAAUUGAAAUCUUGGAAUUGCCUGCAAUUUGCUUUACAUUGUCCGAACGUACAGUUCUUGCAAAUUUUA